AGGAGUACAACAAUUUUCGUUAUGUUAAAUUAAUUAAUCGAAAAAGAAAUCCUAACCGAAAAACCAUAAAACAGAGUCGAGCCGAUGAGAAUUGAUUCACCGCUCUCCAUCUCUCUGCUGAUAGCGACGCCUCUGUAGAACUUUCGCCUCCUUCCCCAGCCGAUUCAAAACUGAUGUUCGAUUGGAAGAAUCAGGGAAUGGAAUCGCCCGAUACAACACCGAAAUCCGGUUUUUCUUCCUACUUCAAUCGGUCGCUGACGCUCAAUUCAUCUUCCGACCUAGCCGCCACCACCGCAAAGCCGCUCUACACCGCCCCCUCGCUGCAGCGGGGCGGCUCGAUCAAGAGCCUCUACAGCUCCCCGUUCGGUUCAAUGGUCUCCGCCGGGAACUCGCUCAAGGGCAAAGUCAGGAAAUUAUGCUCGAUUUUCGAAUCCCCCAAACUGGCCCCAACCCCUCCAAAAUUGCUCCCCGCAGCGCUGGAUUCGUCUAAUUUCGUCGCCGAUGAUGCCCCGUUCCGGCUCCCCGGCACGGAGGAGCGGGUGGUGAUCUACCACACCAGCCUCCGAGGCGUGCGCAAAACGUUCCAGGAUUGCCACAGCAUACGCAUGAUUUUCCGGGGGUUUCGCGUGAGCAUCGACGAGCGGGAUAUAUCGAUGGACGUGGCGUACAGGAAGGAAUUGCAGAGGGUUUUGGGGGAGAAGCGCAUCAGCCUGCCGCAGGUGUUCAUCAAGGGCAAGUACGUCGGCGGCGCCGACGUGAUACGGCAGCUGCUGGAGGCGGGGGAGCUCGUCCGGCUGGUCAAGGGGCUGCCGCUGCGGCCGGCGGAUCCGUGCGAGGGCUGCGACGACAUGAGGUUUGCGCCGUGCGGCAGGUGCAACGGGAGCCGGAAGGUGUUCGACGAGGAGGAGGAGGAGCGGAAGAGGUGCACCGAGUGCAACGAGAACGGCUUGGUCCGUUGCCCACUCUGCUGCUGCUGAGGCAGCUAUUGUGUGAGAGGCAUGCAUUCAAGCUCAAUCUCCAAGAUUCCCCUCUCAACGUUCUGCAACCUGAUCGCAAUUUCCUGUUUCACCUUACCGUCUUCUAAGAUGAUGGCGCCGUCUCU